GCUUCCUCCAUGUUCGCCGGGUUGCAGGAUCUGGGGGUAGCCAACGGUGAGGACCUGAAGGAGACACUGACCAACUGCACUGAACCCCUCAAAGCCAUCGAGCAGUUCCAGACGGAGAAUGGUGUCCUUCUGCCAUCAUUGCAGUCUGCUCUGCCCUUCUUGGACUUACAUGGGACACCUCGCCUUGAGUUCCACCAGUCAGUUUUUGAUGAGCUGAGGGACAAAUUGUUGGAGAGAGUGUCUGCCAUUGCUACUGAAGGAAAGGUUGAGGAAAGGUACAAGAAGUUAGAAGAUCUCUUGGAGAAGAGUUUUUCCCUGGUGAAAAUGCCUUCCCUCCAGCCAGUGGUGAUGUGUGUAAUGAAACACUUGCCAAAGGUUCCUGAAAAGAAAUUGAAGCUGGUAAUGGCUGACAAGGAGUUGUAUCGGGCAUGUGCUGUAGAGGUAAAACGGCAGAUUUGGCAAGAUAACCAGGCUCUGUUUGGUGAUGAAGUUUCUCCGCUGCUCAAACAGUACAUCUUAGAGAAGGAGAACAUUCUCUUCAGCAAUGAAGUAUCUGUCCUACACAACUUCUUUAGUCCCUCUCCUAAAACAAGACGUCAGGGGGAGGUAGUACAGAAACUGACACAAAUGAUUGGAAAGAAUGUGAAACUCUACGACAUGGUGUUGCAGUUCCUUCGGACCUUAUUCCUUCGGACAAGAAAUGUCCAUUACUGUACCUUGAGGGCUGAGCUGCUUAUGUCAUUACAUGACCUGGACAUCAGUGAUAUUUGCAUGGUUGAUCCCUGCCAUAAGUUCACCUGGUGUCUCGAUGCCUGCAUCCGAGAAAAAUUUGUUGAUAAUAAGAGAGCUCGGGAGCUGCAGGGAUUCCUGGAUGGAGUGAAGAAAGGUCAGGAGCAAGUGCUGGGUGAUUUAUCUAUGAUUCUGUGUGAUCCCUUUGCGAUUAAUACCCUGUCCUUGAGCACCAUAAGACAUCUGCAAGAACUGGUGGGUCAGGAAACCUUACCCAGGGAAAGUCCUGAUCUACUGUUACUGUUAAGAAUGCUCUCCCUGGGACAGGGGGCUUGGGACAUGAUUGACAGUCAGGUCUUCAAGGAGCCAAAGAUGGAAGCAGAGCUGAUCACUAGGUUUUUGCCAAUGCUUAUGUCUUUUGUGGUGGAUGAUUAUACUUUCAAUGUAGAUCAGAAACUACCAACAGAAGAGAAGGCACCAGUCACAUACCCUAAUACCCUUCCUGAAAACUUUACCAAAUUCUUGCAGGAGCAUAGGAUGGCCUGUGAAAUGGGGCUUUAUUAUGUCCUUCACAUAACAAAGCAAAGGAAUAAAAAUGCUUUUCUCCGACUUCUGCCUGGAUUAGUGGAGACAUUUGGAGACCUGGCCUUCAGUGAUAUAUUCCUUCACCUGCUUACUGGGAACCUUACUCUGCUGGCAGAUGAAUUUGCUGUGGAAGAAUUCUGUACCAGUCUAUUUGAUGGAUUCUUCCUCACUUGCCUUUCAAGAAAGGAAAAUGUACACCGCCAUGUUCUCAGGCUCCUGAUUCACCUUCAUCACAAAGUGGCCCCUACUAAAUUGGAGUCCCUCCAAAAGACUUUGGAACCUUCCAGUCAGAGUGGGGAGGCUGUGAAGGAUCUUUACAAUCAGCUUGGAGAGAAACUGGAACACCUGGAACAUUGUAAACCCAGUCCAGCCCAAGUGGUGGAAGCUCCUGCUUUAGAGCUUCCUCUUUCUGCUGUCCCAACCCCCGCAGCACUUUGAGGCUGUAAUUCCAGCAGCCACUCACAGACCUGACCUUGCUGCUGAUGGAAAGGAAGUUUUGAUCUGCUAUUUCCAACCUGGGCUGGUUCACCGCUCCUCAGGCAGCCAUGUGGCUCUCUCCUUCCACGGACUUAUCAUUUCAGUGCCAGGCUUAGUGCAGAUACCCAUCUUCCUGCAGCUCAGAACUCUGGAACUCAAGUGAUCCAUCAGCCUCAGCCUCCCCAAUAGGUGGAAAUAUGGGUGUGCCAUAAUACCCAGCCUCUCAGAAGUUUUAUGUGUUUUCUUACAUUCUUAAAUUACUUGGAAAACUUCUUGGUUCUUGUUUUGCUUUGUUGGUUUUUUAUUACUGUAAUAAAGGUGGAAGAACAGUA